AUGACUGUCACCAACGGAACUGCGUUCUCUCAUAUUUCGGUCAACCCCUUGCAUCCAACAUUUGGCGCUGAAAUCGGCGGUGUGGAUUUUUCGUCUCCCCUGAGUGACGCCGCGUUUAACGAUAUAUAUGAAGCUGUAACCAAGUACGGCGUCGUCGUGUUCCGCAGCACCGGCCUCACUGAUGAGGGCCACAUUGCAUUCUCUCGGCAAUUUGGAGAGCUGGAUGACGUGAAGCCGUACAUCAGUGCUGGUCGGAAACACCGUCUCAAGUACACCGAGCUUUUUGAUGUCAGCAACGUCGAGGCCGAUGGGUCCAUCCUUGAUCCUGAGAGUUCGCGCGGCCAGGCAAACAAGGGGAAUGAUCUCUUCCACGUGGACUCAAGCUUCAAUCCCCGUCGCGCCGGAUACUCGCUGCUCUUGGCGCAUGAGCUGCCGCCGAGCGGCAUGGGUGGUCACACUGCAUUCGCAGAUACUAGGACGGCAUUUGACGACCUCUCCCCGGAACUCAAGGAGGAGCUGUUAGACAACGAUUACGUGGCUUGCCACUCUAUGCAUCAUUCCCGUAAGCUGGCCGCCCCUGAGGCUUUCGCCGGCGUCAACCCGCUCGACUACCCCAUGGGACGGCACAAACUGGUGCAGCGCCACGAGCCCUCUGGUCGCAUGAACUUGUACAUUGCGGCCCACGUGCACCACAUUGAGGGCCUUUCUUCCGAGAAGUCGGAUGCGCUAUUUGAUCGGCUUUUCAAGCAUGCCACUCGCGAUGGCAAUACCAUUGAGAUUGAGUGGCAGGCGCCAGGCGAUUUAGUCAUCUGGGAUAACACCUGCACGAUGCACCGGGCUGUUGGCGGCCCUUUCCUCCGUAAAUACAAGCGAGACAUGAGACGGACGACCGUUCACGAUUCGAGUUCGACAGCUUGGGGUUUGAAUGAACAUACGGAUGUCAGGCAGGGUUUGCCUUGA